AUGACAGCUCCUCGCGCAUUGAUCUUCAUUGCGCAGGGUACAGGUGAGUCGUCGCAAUGACAGAGGCGGGUGUCACUUAGCCCAAUCAUUCAUGCUUGCUCACCAACACUCCGCUUGCUGCUCACGCCUUCACAUCCUCCUCUCUCACUCGGCACAUGAAUACGCAGAGGAAACAGAGUUUGUGGCCACGUAUGAUGUGCUGGUCAGAGGGGGCGUACAAGUCACUUCGGUCCACGUCGGUUCUUCCAACCAUAAUGCUCAAGAUCCUCAUGCUGCCGAACUAGUCAAGUGUUCUAGAGGCGUGCUGAUCAAGCCGGACAAGAAGCUGGACGAGCUAGCUGGCAAGGUGAGGCAGGGGGCGCGCUGCUCGUCGACAUGUCGUUGUGCGGGUCCUAUGGUCCACCUUCUUGCUGAGCGUUCAGAUCGUCUUUCUCGUGUCCUCGUGUCGCUAAUCAGGCGCUAGAAUAUGACGCGUUCAUCGUUCCAGGAGGCAACGAAGGUUCAGCCACCAUUUCGGCCAAUGAGGAUGUUCAAGCUUUGUUGAGCGCCGCUUACGGCAAGGGUAAAGUGGUGGCUGCUAUAUGCGCAGGUAGUCUAGCUAUCAAAGCAGCAGGAGUAGCAAAGGAUAGUCCCAUCACUUCUCAUCCUUCCGUCAAGGAUCAACUUGAUGCAGAUUAUCACUACAAGGAGGAUAGCGUGGUUGUCAGCGAUAAGCUCAUCACUAGGUGAGUCUUCGAGUUUGCACCGAUCAGCAUUUCUGCAGCAGCAGCAGGGCCGGCCUCGCGCGCUGAGUCGCUCGCUCGCUCAUGAACAAAAUCCGUCCCACGCCGACUACCAAACCUUUCUAGUCGAGGGCCGGGAACGUCGCUUCACUUUGGUCUUGCAAUCGUCGAGGCACUGCAGGGCAAGGAGAAGAGGGAUGAGAUCGAGAAACCUUUGAUGCUGCCCUCCAACGCCUGA